AUGGUGUUUGACAACGGACCUCACUUUGAAACGCCUCAACUAAAAGAAUGGUUGGAAGACCAAGGCAUAGCUCAUUGCUUUGCUUCAGUCGGCCGUCCACAAGCAAAUGGUCAGGUAGAGGCAUACAACAAAUUGAUCUCCAAUGGAAUUAAGCGCAAGCUUGAAAGAUCAGGCGACUUAUGGGCUGACGAGUUAGUUAAUGUGCUGUGGUCCAUACGAACCACGGCCAAGAGUUCCACAGGAGAAACUCCCUUCUUCUUAGUCUAUGGUGCCGAGGUGGACCUUCCAAUUGAAAUGUAUGAGCCCACCCUUAGGGUAAUGCUAUAUGAUGAAGCGGCCAAUUGGGAAGCCAUAAAGACUGCCCUAGAUUUCCUUCCUGAAGCUAGGGGCAACGCGACACUUAGACACGAAAUCUAUCGUCUACGGAUGACAAGGGCGUACAAUCACCGAGUGUCUAAGCGGCUGUAG